AUGAAGCUCGCUUUCACCACCCUCCUCCUCCCUCUGCUGGCAGCUGCUGCCCCAGCCCCGACUGCCACCACGCAGCCCGCCGCUACCUCCACCCCGACCCCCAACCCCAGCUUCCGCGUCCUGGCCCUGCGCUCUGCCUCGCAAAUCCACUACUUCCGCAUGACCGCCCGCGAGAACAAGAUCUGGCUGGGCAACCAGACAGAAGCCUUCUGUCCCGAGAACGUCCAGCCCUGCCCGCCCGGCAAAGAGACGAUCUUUGCGCCCGGCGGCACCGCCAUGGACGUCGCUGUCCCCGGCGGCCAACAAGUCUACGUCGAUCCCACCGGCGCCCUGCGUUACACGCAAGCUCACUCCGCUGCCAUUCCCCCGGGCUCCGCUCGCGGCCCCUUCACCUACCAGACCCACCCUGGAAACACGGCGAACCACUUCUACAACUUCACGGGAUGGGGUGCGAACGGGUUCAUGGCUUGCCCGGCCAAGAACUCCCAAUGGCAGGUCUUUGCCAAUGUGCAGAAUGCCACGGUCCCGCUUGGCGAUCGCAAGGCUUGUCUGCCUUUCCAUGCGCUGGCUGAUCCCUACAAGGGUGCGGCGGCUGCGUGGCAGUACUCCUAA